ACAAAAAUGAUCGUCAGCCUUCAUUAUUGAAGAAGCCAAGGCAGCAGAGAGAGACAGAGAGAUGAAAGAUGGCGAAGGCAGCGAGAGAAUAGAGAGAUGGAGCGCAUAGAGUGGGGAAAAUGCAACGCUGUAUGAACAGAACAAUCGAGUGGCUGUGGAUCCGAUCAAACCCCCAACAAUAAACUCACCAUUUUUCCUUUCUUUUAUGGGGAGUGGAACUCUCGUGGACGGUGUUCGUCGCUGGUUCCAACGUCGCGCUUCGCAUUCUUCUUCUUCUUCUUCUUCUUCCUCUUCUAAUUUUAGCCGUAAUACACUUCCUCAUCCCUCUGAUUCUGAUCACAAUUGCCCCAAUAAUGGUGUUCACAAUCCCCAAAACGGCAACCAGUUUUAUCUGAGCGAUUUGCGCGCCCAAUCGUCCACUGCCCCCCUACGGAAACCCCUUCGGAAACGUCCCCAACAGGGAGAGGGAGAGGGAAUUCCUCUUGAACAUUUACCGGAAGAGGACGACGACGACGACCUUGAUUACUCUGCCUUGAAGCUCAUUAAAGUUCCGAAGCGGACCACUCACUUCAAAUCUCCUCCUCCUCCUGCUUUCGCUUUAAUGGACUCCCACAAGAAGGGUGGGUUGGAAACAGAGUUUUUCACAGAGUAUGGAGAGGCAAGCAGAUAUCAGGUUCAAGAAAUAAUUGGCAAGGGAAGCUAUGGUGUGGUCGGUUCUGCCAUUGAUACCCAUACUGAUGAGAAGGUCGCAAUUAAGAAAAUUAAUGAUGUUUUUGAGCAUGUUUCUGAUGCCACAAGAAUUUUAAGAGAAAUUAAACUCCUACGGUUGCUCCGUCAUCCGGAUAUAGUAGAAAUAAAGCACAUUAUGCUUCCUCCUUCACGAAGAGAAUUCAGAGAUAUUUAUGUUGUUUUUGAGUUGAUGGAAUCUGACCUUCACCAAGUAAUUAAGGCCAACGAUGAUCUCACUCCUGAGCACCAUCAAUUUUUCUUGUACCAGCUUCUUCGUGGUCUGAAAUAUAUACAUACAGCAAAUGUAUUUCAUCGUGAUUUAAAGCCCAAAAACAUUCUAGCUAAUGCCGAUUGCAAACUGAAAAUAUGUGAUUUUGGGCUUGCUCGUGUAUCAUUUAAUGAUGCUCCAUCUGCUAUUUUCUGGACUGACUACGUUGCAACUCGGUGGUAUCGUGCUCCUGAACUUUGUGGCUCUUUUUUCUCAAAAUACACUCCUGCAAUUGAUAUUUGGAGCAUUGGAUGCAUAUUUGCGGAAAUGCUCACUGGAAAGCCACUGUUUCCUGGGAAAAAUGUGGUGCACCAAUUGGAUCUGAUGACUGAUGUGCUUGGCACACCUUCUGCUGAGUCCAUUGCUAGGAUUCGAAAUGAAAAGGCAAGAAGAUACCUUAGUAACAUGAGGAGAAAGCCGCCUGUUUCUCUCACACAAAAGUUCCCCAAUGCGGAUCCCUUGGCUCUCCGCUUACUUCAGCGCCUGCUUGCCUUUGAUCCCAAAGAUCGUCCUACAGCUGAAGAGGCAUUAGCUGAUCCUUAUUUCCACGGUUUGGCCAACGUCGAUCGGGAACCAUCAACUCAACCAAUUUCAAAACUUGAGUUUGAAUUUGAGAGAAGGAAAUUGACGAAAGAUGAUGUUAGAGAAUUAAUUUAUCGAGAGAUCUUGGAGUAUCAUCCUCAGAUGCUGCAGGAAUAUCUCCGCAGUGGAGAACAAACUAGUUUCAUGUACCCAAGUGGUGUUGAUCGCUUCAAACGCCAGUUUGCACAUCUGGAGGAACAUUAUGGCAAGGGUGAAAGAAGUUCUCCACUUCAAAGGCAGCAUGCUUCAUUGCCCAGGGAAAGAGUUUGUGCACCCAAAGAUGAGGAUGCUCAACACAAUGAUAUAGAAGGAAGAAAUGGUUCAUAUGUUGCUUCAUCUCUUCAGAGUCCCCCAAGGUCACAGCAAGGGGAUGGUUCGGAAAAUGCAAACAGUAACGAACAAAAUGGACCGAACAAGGCAAAUUACAGUGCUCGUAGCUUGUUGAAGAGUGCCAGCAUUAGUGCCUCUAAAUGUAUAGGUGUUAAACCAAGAAAAGACCUCGAGGAGGAACCGAUUACGGAGACUAACGACGAGGCAGUUGAUGGAUUGUCUCAUAAGGUUUCAGCCUUACAUACUUGAUAUUUCAUACCUUGUAUUUUUCCUUGAGAGAGUGUGACAGAAAGCACAGGGCUGCUCGUUUUGCAUAUUUUUUUUCCUAAAGGACAUGUUGGCUACAAGGCAAAGUGUAGCAAAGUUUCACAAGUCAGGUAGAAGCUAACAACAGGAUCCCUCCCAUUAUUUCAUGCUUAACUUAUUGUAUAAUUAUUGUAUUACUGAGAUUAAAAAGAAAAGGGAUAGUUCUAUGAAAUUUGAUUUAUUUGUAUUUUGAAGGGCCCUUUCAGGUUGUUACCUCAUGUGGCAUAAAUACAAUACCUCGUUGGAGAACAAACAAGCAUUGGCUUAUAGCUUUAUUUCACAGGCUUGUAACUCAAUGAUCAAAAUGAAUAUUGUACCUUGAUUGGCAA